GGCCACAACCGGCCCACCCCCCGGGAAAUCUUUUAUUCUAUUAUAAUCAACUAUUUUAGGACUGAAACGUGCCGGUGCCGCUGCCGCCUGUUCCGGCCCGGCGGGGACCGGCGCUGGCUGCCCCGGCCCCAGGGUGCUUUGUCCCCAGGAAGGACCCCGGGCGGGGGACUCGGAGCCCGGCUCCUCGCAGCGGGAACCCCUCGCGGGGUCGGAGCGGGGGGAUCCCCCCGGGGGCCGGCCGGGGAAGCCCCCUGCGCCGCCUGGGCAAACAAAGCCCCGGGCCGGGCCACCCCAUUGUCCCCGCUCCGGCCGGGCUGCGGCCGCCCCCGCGCGGGAGGAAGAGGAGGGGUCGCACACAGACAAUGCCUCCCCCCACCCCCCACGCCGGAUCGCCCCGCCCCCCGCUCCCCAUUGGCCGGCGGGGAAUUUGGGGACCCCCCGCCCGCCCCUCCGCCGUAUUGUGCCGGGGGGCGCGCGUGGAUCUGGGGGGGUCGGAGCGCGCGCGGCCGCCGUCGGGGGCGCGCCCGGGGGCUCCCCUUGUGUGUGAGUGCGCGGGGGUGUGCGCGGGGCCGGGGCCAUGGAGGAGCUGAGCAGCGUGGGAGAGCAGGUCUUCGCCGCCGAGUGCAUCCUCAGCAAGCGGCUCCGCAAGGGCAAGCUGGAGUACCUGGUCAAGUGGCGAGGCUGGUCCUCCAAGCACAACAGCUGGGAGCCUGAGGAGAACAUCCUGGACCCCCGGCUGCUCCUGGCUUUCCAAAAGAAGGAACACGAGAAAGAAGUGCAGAAUCGGAAGAGGGGCAAGCGGCCCCGGGGCAGGCCCAGGAAGAACGUGGAACCAGAGAUGCCUACAAACACUAAGUCAAGCAGCUCCUCUUCCUCCACAUCCUCCUCUUCCUCCUCCUCCGAGGAAGAGGACGAGAGUGAUCUGGAAGCAAAGAGAGGUCCCCGUGGCAGGGAGACGCACCCGGUGCCACAGAAGAAAGCUCAGAUCCUGGUGGCCAAGCCUGACAUGAAAGACGCUUCCAGGAAGAAGCGUGGCCGGAAACCUCUUCCUCCAGAGCAGAAAGCAGCUCGAAGGACUGUGAACCUGACAAAGGUGCUGAAAACGUCCCGGAAGGAGGUGGGGGGCAGUGCCAAGCUGGUGGGGAAGCUGCAGCCCCAGCACAGCACGCAGGGCUCAGGCAUGGCUAUGCUGAAGGAUCCACCAGGCACCUUGGCUGGGCUCAGCUCAGGGGGCUCCUCAGUGGAGAACCUGCCCAACAUGAUGAAGAGCGGCUCGGCGAGCCCCAGCCAGGCCAUCAGCUGGCAGAGCUCCAUCGUGCACUACAUGAACAGGAUGUCCCAAAGCCAGAGCGCAGCCGAAAGCUCGGCCCUGGGCAGGCUGGCGCUGAAGGCACAGGCAGCCAGUAAGGGCAGCUUAGGGCUGGACUUGAAAAUGAGGAGCCAGAAAGGCUCUGGGGAGCUGGGACUGAACACACAGGGACCCAAAACUGCAAAGGCUUCCGGCAGCAGCGCUGGAGGGGACCAGAAAUCGGGGUUUGCUGCUGGAGGCCAGCUGCUGCCCAACGGCAGCAAGGCACCGUCGAGCUCAUCUGGGGCCAGCAGCCAGGCAGCCUCCAGCCAGGAGCUGAACCUGCAGGCUCUGAACCUGCAGAGUGUCAAAAAUGGGCCGAGCGCGGCCGGCGGGAGCAGCCUGCCCCGGCACCUCUGCGGCUCCCUGGCCAAGGGCUCCGCUGGCAGCACGGCCGGUGUGGGUGCCAAGGGUGCUGGCAGUGCCAAGGGUGGUGUGACAGGGGCCGGGCUGAACGCUGCCGGUGCUGCUGCACUGCCAGGGGGGGACGGAGGCAAGAGCAAGAAGCAGACACACCGGGCAGGUGACAGGGACUCGGCCAAAGGCGGCUCAGCGGGCGCUCCAGAGGGACACGUGGCCUCAGAGAGCCGCAAAGCCUCCGCCCUGGCCGAAGCGAGCACAGGCGAGGACAGCAGCUCGGAUUCGGACCGGGAUUCAGCGUCCCUCCCAGGUGUGGGUCAGAACAUGUCUGUCUCCAUCCAGACCAGCCAGGACUGGAAACCCACCCGCAGCCUGAUUGAGCACGUCUUUGUCACCGAUGUCACCGCUAACCUGAUCACAGUGACGGUCAAGGAGUCCCCCACCAGCGUCGGGUUUUUCAACCUGCGGCAAUACUGAGCCCAGGAGCCUAAGAGGAGGGAGAGAGCCCUUCAGCCUCACCCUCACCUUUGCCCAGCUCCUCCAUCAGGUGUUUUUUCUUCAAAGCGAACGCAGAGCCCUCGUGAGACCUGCUGGAACUUCUGUCUGGACAGGCUGGACCAAUAACACAGUGAAACCCGCUCCAAACUGCCAGCAGCUCCUGGAUUUCCUCCCUGGCUUCUCUCCAUCCUCUUCUGGAGCCGUGCCCCAUGUGGGGGUGGUCGAUGCCAUGCUCUGGGGGCACUGGGGCUGCCGGGGUGUCAGGCUGGCCGGUUUCGAGCCAGGCUUCACUGCCUGCAGGUCUCUGUGCUUUGAAACAGCAAAUGCCAAGGGCUGCAGCUCCCUGGCCACGGGGGUGUGGAGCUGCCAUGGGACAGUCUUACACCUGGGAGAGUCUCUUCUGGGCUUCCUGUGGAUCUGUCUGUGAGCCAUGGGGAACUGCAAGUCAAUCCAAAUGAGGCAGCUGCUGCUCCCAGCCCUCAGGGUUGUGGGGGGCAGCUGCAUUCGGGGGUUUUUCAGGGUACACUGAGCCCAGCCACCCCCCUGGGCGAGGUCAUUUCCAAUGAUGGGAAACCCACAGCGUUUCUGUUGGGGUUUCCAAUUGAUAGGGAAACAUUGUUUACAUUUUUUCUUAAGGAUUUUUUUUUUCAUGAGGGAGGGAAAUAACCCCAGUCUAAGGUAGAUGAAGUCCUGGAUGCCACUAACAGAACAGGUGGCAGAGGUGCUUUUUUUUGGAGGGUGUUUCCUUUCUGCUGGAGGAAAGUCCUGCCUUGAAAGCCAGCAGGAUCCACCAGCUUCUCUGCAGUGACUUGACUUCCAGAAGAACAUGAAUUUCUGGGCAACCCAGGGAACCUCCACACCACUCCUGUGCCUCAUCUUGGCAUUGCCAGCAUCUCCACCUCCUGCUCAGCAGGUUCCAGGCACUCACAGGGUCUGAGCUGGGGAAUAUUUUUUAAGCCUUGCAGAACAUGUGAACCCUUCCAGCAGCAGGUGGGUUGGUGCUGGGGCUGCCAGGACACCCAGGACUGCUGCUCCCUGGGUUAGACCCACGCUGAUCAUUCAUGGUUUUCUCCAGAAUGCUCAGUAGCUGGUCAAGGCCACCUGCACCGGUAGUUUGGAGUGGUGGGAAGGGAGCCGAGAGGGAGAAGGGCUAAGACCAGUGGGUCCCACAAGCUGCUGUUCCCCAAGGAACCAGAGCAGCCAUUCACCUUCCCCUGGCCAUCCCAGCAUCUGGGGUGCUCCUUUUUGCUUGCAAUGGCACCCACUAAUGGCUUUUCCACUGCAGUGUUUUCCCUGCUGCAGAUUCCUCCUAGAAGCCAAAAUUAGCAGCAGUUCAGGCAGAGUUUAGUAGCAUUCGAGGUCAUUUUCGUUCUGUGGAUGCUGAGUCCUUUUCUCGGAGGCGAUAACAGCUGGCAGCUGCCCCUCCCUGCAUGGUUCUGAUGCCUCCACCUGACCAGCAGGUCACUGCUUAGGGGGUCCCCAGGUGACUGAGCUGGCACCAGGGCAGGCGUUUCCCUUUGUCCCAGGCAGUGCCACUCACAGGAGUGUGGGUGCUUGGACCAAAGUGGGGUGCAGGUGCUCGUGACCCCCUGAGGCUGCAGCCCCCCACGGUCGUGGCUGCUGCCGCUGCCUGGCAGUGGGGUCACUCUCAGGUGAUGCCAAAAUGUCACAGUCUGUGCAGUUUACCUUCUACUGUAACUUUGCCAAACGAGCCCCAGGGAAGCAUUGGCCGUGUCAGCAGCAAGCAGGGUGUGUGCUGUGCCCGUGUGCCAGGGGUGCCAGUGCUUUGGGAGAAGAACCAAGGGCUCUGGGAGCGUGGGGUGACGCGCUCAGCCACACACCAAACACUUGCUACUGGGCCUUUGCGAAUCCAAACUGAUAACAAUGUGCCUUUUGGACCGUCCUUAUCUCAGCCUUGUCUGUGGCACUGCUGCCACCACAGGUUUGUGCCUAUGCAAAGCAGGGUGGUCACAGGGUCUUGGGGACACGGUGACACCAGUGGGGAGAGGUGUCCUGGUCCCCAGUGGGACACCUGCUGUCGUGCAGAGCCCUGCUGAGCAAUGCCCCCCGAGGGGAAGCUGGCCACGCAGGGAUACUCUUGUCUGCAGCAAGAGGAUGUGUGGAUUGGUUUCUCCACGGGGGAGAAAAUCAUCUGAAGAUGCUCCAAGGAGGGGCCAGGCCCCAAGGGUGGGGCCGUGACAGCAGGUGAAGUGCUGGCUGCACUUCACAGCAGCUCUGGGCUGGCUGCCCUCUGCAGAGCCUCUGUCCCACGGGUUUCUCCCUGGAGGGCCUGCCUCCUGCUCGGGCAAUGGGGACACGUGUCCCAACAGCGGGCAGCCCCUCCAUCACCCGGCCUUCCCAGGCAUGUCCCCUCUAGCAGCACAGGACUCUGCUGUCACCACUUGCUAUUGUGCCUUUUGCUCACCAGCUGGUUCAAUUCCAAAGGUCUAAGGAUGGUGAAAAUGAUAAUCCAGGAUUUUUUUUUCUGGCCAUCUCACUACAUGUCCUCCCCAGCCCCUUUCUCACUUGGUGUUCUGGGAUCUUGGCUCACCCAAAAGCUGGGGGGUUGAGUGCAUGGUUCCCACUGGGGUUUGCUUCCCAAAGACACAUCCUGUGGGUAAUUUACUGGAAUCUUUGGUGGACAGGGGUUAGAAGACCCCUGGUCGGUGCAGACCCUGGUUAUGUACCAUUAGGAUUCAAGUUCUACCUUUUAUUUCUUUUUUUGUUUUUGAGUUUGCUGCUAUGGGUUGGCAUGUUCAGCCGGGUGUCAGACAGGCAAUUAAAGGUUUGUCACUUGUCAUUUUCUAAGGGGUUUCCGAUGUGGAAAGUCCUGCGGUAUUUGUAUAGUGAAUGGAUAUUUUCCCCAGGCGUAAUCUGGUUAAGCAUCCUUGUUGUUUUCCAUUGGACUGGAAGAGGUGGCCGAUUCAGCCAUCAUCCCAAGAAACUGAGUCUAUUUUUAUAUAUAUAUUUUGUACCAAAAAAAAAAAUAAAAAUCCCAGGAGCACACGGAGGGAUGGAGAUAGUUUAGGGGUUUGGUUUGUGUUGAGUUUCUGAGCUGUGUGUGAUGAGCUCCAGAGCCAGGAGAAAGGUUUUACUGACAGAAAUUUGAGAUAGGUGAAAACAAACAAUUGUUCUUGUAACUUGUGCCAGUCAGUGCUCUGAUUUGUAUGUUUUAAUUAAAGAGAGAGCCAAAUCGGUCCUGUAUGACACUUGUAAUUGCUUUAAACUGCAGCUGUUUGUUUGCUUUUAUUUUCUGAGAACAAAAGUCGGGGAUGUUAUUGCCCUGGGAAAGCAUCAGUGCUGUGGGAGCAGGACCAGCUCCCCACGCAGCACCCCCAUCCCUCCCAGCCCCUCACCCACGUUCCUUGUGCAGUUUUCCAGUGCUCCUGGACACUAACGCUAGUGUAGCCCCCCAGCUCUAGGCUGCUUUUAAUUUAUUUGCAGGAAAACGCUAGGAAAUGCUUACGUCGGGUGGGGGGUUUUGUAUGACUUUUCCACACUUCUUUUCUAGCAUAUCAAUAAAUAUUUUUUUAAACUU